AGUGUUUCGGCCAUUUUAAGGUUUGCUUACUUUGGUUUGAGGGAGAGGGAAAGGAGGCCUUCAAAGGCUAAGCGAGCCAAGAUGUUAGGUUCCUUGGGACUAUUUCCGGCGCCUGCUUUUGGGUUUUUAUCUCCUUCUAUAGCCAAGAACUCCAAAAGGGAUGUGGAAAGAAACAAUCGCAUUGCCAAACAAAAACAGAUUGGACUGACUUUUGGAUCUCGAAAAUUGCUUGGUUGUCCUAAAUUCCAUUUCCGGCCAAGAAUCUCAAAAACAAAGAGGCAUGGUCUUGCAAUCUCAGCGGUUGUGACAGAUGAAAACACAACAAUGACAGGCUUUGAUGAAGAUAUGGAAAAUAUUGGGCUUUUGAGCAUUGAUCCUGGGCUGGAACCAUUUAAAGAUCACUUCAUAUAUAGAGUGAAAAGAUAUAUAAAUCAGAAACAGCUAAUUGAAAAAUAUGAAGGAGGUCUUCAGGAAUUUUCAAAAGGUUACCUGAAAUUCGGAUUUAAUAGAGAAGAAGGUGGAAUUGUCUAUCGUGAGUGGGCACCUGCAGCUCAGGAAGCACAAGUUAUUGGGGACUUCAAUGGAUGGGAUGGUUCCAACCACAGGAUGGAAAAGAAUGAAUUUGGUGUUUGGAGUAUCAAAAUACCUGAUUCUGGUGGAAAUCCAGCCAUUCCUCACAAUUCAAGAGUCAAAUUCCGAUUCAGGCACGGUAAUGGAGUUUGGGUUGAUCGAAUUCCAGCUUGGAUUAGAUAUGCCAUAGUGGACCCCUCAAGUUUUGGAGCACCAUAUGACGGUGUUUACUGGGAUCCUCCACCUUCAGAAAGGUACCAAUUUAAGUAUCCUCAGCCUCCAAAACCCAAGGCCCCACGUAUAUACGAGGCUCAUGUAGGAAUGAGUAGCUCAGAACCCUGCAUUAAUACGUACAGAGAAUUUGCUAAUGAUGUGCUGCCUCGCAUACGAGCAAAUAACUAUAACACUGUUCAGUUAAUGGCUGUUAUGGAGCAUUCAUAUUAUGGAUCGUUUGGGUACCAUGUUACCAACUUUUUUGCUGUAAGCAGUAGAUCUGGAACUCCUGAGGAUCUUAAAUAUUUAAUUGAUAAAGCCCAUAGCUUGGGUUUAUGUGUUCUGAUGGAUGUCGUCCACAGUCAUGCAAGUAACAAUGUCACUGAUGGCCUUAAUGGCUUUGAUGUUGGCCAAAGUUCUCAAGAUUCCUAUUUUCACACUGGAGAUCGGGGCUACCAUAAGUUAUGGGAUAGCAGGCUCUUUAAUUAUGCUAAUUGGGAAGUUCUUCGCUUCCUUCUGUCCAACUUAAGAUGGUGGCUUGAGGAGUACAAAUUUGAUGGAUUCCGAUUUGAUGGAGUAACUUCAAUGUUAUACCAUCACCAUGGGAUCAACAUGGUAUUUACAGGGGAUUAUAAUGAUUAUUUCAGUGAGGCAACUGAUGUUGAUGCUGUUGUUUAUCUGAUGCUGGCCAAUUCUCUGAUUUACAACAUCUUCCCAGAUGCUACUGUGAUUGCUGAAGAUGUUUCUGGCAUGCCUGGGCUUGGCCGGUCUGUCUCUGAGGGUGGAAUUGGUUUUGACUAUCGCCUAGCAAUGGCCAUCCCUGAUAAAUGGAUUGAUUACUUGAAAAACAAGAGUGAUGAAGAGUGGUCAGUGAAGGAAAUUUCAUGGAGCUUGACUAAUAGAAGACACACUGAGAAAUGUGUUGCUUAUGCCGAGAGUCAUGAUCAAGCCAUUGUAGGUGACAAGACAAUUGCCUUUUUACUAAUGGAUAAAGAAAUGUAUUCUGGAAUGUCUUGCUUGACAGAUCCCUCACCUAUGAUUGAGCGAGGGAUAGCGCUUCAUAAGAUGAUACACCUUUUAACUAUGGCGUUAGGGGGUGAGGGCUACCUUAAUUUUAUGGGAAAUGAGUUUGGCCAUCCUGAGUGGAUUGACUUCCCAAGAGAAGGCAAUGGGUGGAGUUAUGACAAGUGCAGACGCCAGUGGAACCUAGUUGACACCGAGCACUUGAGAUACAAGUUCAUGAAUGCAUUUGACAAAGCUAUGAACUUGCUUGAUGAAAAAUAUUCAUUUCUAGCAUCAACAAAGCAGAUUGUGAGCAGCACAAAUGAUGAAGAUAAGGUUAUUGUCUUUGAGCAUGGGGAUCUGGUUUUUGUGUUCAAUUUUCAUGCAGAAAAUACAUAUGAUGGUUACAAGGUUGGGUGCGACUUGCCUGGGAAGUAUAGAGUUGCAUUGGAUAGUGAUGCAUUUGAAUUUGGUGGACAUGGAAGAGUGGGCCAUGAUGUGGACCAUUUUACAUCUCCUGAAGGGAUACCUGGAGUGCCUGAAACAAAUUUCAACAAUCGUCCUAACUCCUUCAAAGUACUCUCUCCAGCUCGUACUUGUGUGGCUUACCAUAGAGUUGAAGAAAAGGAAGGAAAUCACAAUAGUAGUGGGGCUGCAAAUGACGCAUUGACAGCAGUUGUUGUGGCAAAGCUGGGGGAUUUUGAAGAAGGUGUCAAUCAGACAUUCGCAGCAGAUUCUGUUGCAAAGCAGCAGGAUUUGGAAGAAGUUGUCAAUGAGGCGUCAGCAGCAGAUGCUGUGGCAAAGCAGGAGGAUUUUAAAGCACGUCCUUCUUCGGUUGCCAGUGAUGUUGGUCCACCUGAGACAGCAGACAUUGUGGCAAAGCUGGGGGAUUUUGAAGAAGGUGUCGAUCAGACAUUCGCAGCAGAUACUGGUGCAAAGCAGGAGGAUUUGGAAGAAGUUAUCAAUGAGGCAUCAGCAGCAGAUGCUGUGGCAAAGCAGGAGGAUUUUAAAGCACGACCUUCUUCGGUUGCCAGUGAUGUUGGUCCAACUAAGACAGCAGAUGUUGUGGCAAAGCUGGGGGAUUUUGAAGAAGGUGUCAAUCAGACAUUCGCAGCAGAUACCGGUGCAAAGCAGAAGGAUUUGGAAGAAGUUAUCAAUGAGGCAUCAGCACCAGAUGCUGUGGCAAAGCAGGAGGAUUUUAAAGCACGGCCUUCUAUGGUAGCCAGUGAUGUUGGCCCAACUGAGAAGGGAAACAAAGAAGCAGAAGAGAUUGAGAAAGGGACAUCAGAUGACUAGGUGAAAAAUCCAACUUCUGAGUUCAGGUUGACGUGAGGCUUAACCACGGGAAAAUUAUUUAUUGGGUUUUAAAUUAUGAGGAGAUUUGGUAUGGCCUGCAUGAGUACGUAUGGUGAUUGUAAAUAGGUAAGCGUGUAGUUAAAUAUGUAAAAUUCCCUUGUAAAGGAAAAAAGGUAAAUAAAUCCUUAUUUCUGGGAAACAAAAAUAAAAAAAUAAAAAACUCUCA